GGUCUCUCCCGGCCACACGGCCUCCAUUUUGCGGUGUAGCUGCUGCAGAGAGGCCGGAGGCUCCGUGCUUUUCCCUCAGAAUGUCAUACCCAGGUUAUCCCCCUUCUGGCUACCCUGCUUUCCCUGGCUACCCUCCCACAGGACAGGAGUCUGUCUAUCCGCCCGCUGGGCAGUACACCUACCCUGCUGCUCCUGGAGGAUAUCCUCCAGCAGGAGGAGGGAGCUUUCCUGCAGCACCACCCAGUGCUGGGUAUCCAGAGGCAGGAGGAUAUCCUGCCCCAGGGGGCUUCCCUGGAGCUCCCCAGGCUGGAGGAAUGCCAUCUUAUCCUGGAGGCCCUGGGUUUGGCGUGCCUCCCACUGGCCCUGGCUUUGGUGGCUAUCCCCAGCCUCCUGCCCAAAGCUAUGGUGGAGGUGGACCAGCACAAAUUCCUGUAGGCUAUCCUGGUGGACAAGCACCAUCACCGACGCCUGGUCCGCCUGCAGCAAUGGCUCAGUACACUCAGGGCACAAUUCAAGCUGCUCCAAACUUUGAUGCUGGAAGGGAUGCAGAAAUUCUGCGCAAAGCUAUGAAGGGUUUUGGGACUGACGAGAAGGCUAUCAUUGAUGUUGUAUCUAACCGCUCCAAUGACCAAAGGCAAAAAAUCAAGGCAGCUUUCAAGACGAUGUAUGGCAAGGAUUUAAUUAAAGACCUGAAGUCUGAAUUAAGUGGAAAUGUGGAAGAACUGAUCCUGGCACUCUUCAUGCCUAGAACCUACUAUGAUGCCUGGAGUUUACAUCAUGCAAUGAAGGGAGCAGGCACGCAGGAGAGAGUGCUGAUAGAGAUCCUUUGCACAAGGACAAACCAGGAAAUACGAGAAAUAGUGAACUGCUAUAAAUCAGAAUUUGGAAGGGACAUCGAACAAGACAUCAGAGCAGACACUUCUGGACACUUUGAACGGUUACUUGUAUCUAUGUGCCAAGGUAACCGGGAUGAGAAUCAAACCGUGGAUUAUCAAAAAGCUCAAGAAGAUGCUCAGCGUCUUUACCAAGCAGGUGAAGGAAAACUCGGGACGGAUGAAUCUUGCUUUAAUAUGGUGCUGGCAAGCAGAAGUUUUCCCCAGUUGAGAGCAACAGCUGAGGCGUAUUCCAGGAUUGCUAAUCGUGACUUAGCAAGCAGCAUUGAUCGAGAAUUUUCUGGAAAUGUGGAACGUGGCUUGAAGGCUAUUUUGCAAUGCGCCUUCGAUCGCCCAGCCUUUUUUGCAGAAAGGCUUUAUCAUUCUAUGAAAGGAGCUGGCACAGAUGAUUCUACCCUCAUCAGAAUUGUAGUCACUCGCAGUGAGAUUGAUCUGGUGCAAAUUAAACAGAAGUUCACAGAAAUGUAUCAGAAGACUCUGGCUACAAUGAUAGCAAGUGAUACAAGCGGCGAUUACAGGCGUUUGCUACUGGCAAUUGUUGGUCAAUAGAAGACAGUUACCUGGUUGUUUGUUUUCUUUUUUAAAACAAACCGAAGGACAUGUAACAUGCUUCAUGCAGACACUGACUACUCUUGCGCGUAAAAGAAUAACAUAUAAUCAAACACGCCUUCUUGGUGAUUCAUUAAGCUUUUUGCACUUACACUUGCCUUAAUUUACAGCACAUAUUACUCUUUAUUGUAUAAUAAAAGAUAUAUCUUGUCUACUA